AUGGCUACCUCUAAGGGUCUCCCUCGCGACACGUUCGCCAAGCUCUCCCCUCACCCCUUCCUUCUCGCAAACCUCCAGCCUCCCGCACCCGCCAAUGCAGCCAGAAGCAACGGCCGCGCACCCAAUGAAGCUCGAAUCCCCAACGUCAACAUUUCCAGCUUGACACACGCGAACGGAAGCGCCGUGGUUCGUACGGGUGACACUACCGUCAUCUGCGGCGUCCGUUCCGAGACCUUACUCGCCUCCGACAUCCCCAACUUCCGCACCGCCGCGAACCUCGACGACGCAAAGCCCAGCUCGGAGCUAAAGGACUACGACUUGCUCGUCCCCAACAUCGAGCUCGCCACCGGCUGCGCACCGCAGUUCCUCCCCGGCGUACCUCCCACCACACUCGCCCAGACCUUGAGCACGAGGGUCUACUCGCUGCUGCACUCCUCCAACCUAGUCGACCCGGAGAAUCUGAGGAUAUGGCACACUCGCCCUGCCGAGAACGCCGAAGCGGAGGACGAUGACGGCGACGACAAGAUGAACGAUGACGAGGAGAAGUCAGAGGGCGAAAAGGUCGUCAUGGCGUAUUGGGUUUUGUACAUUGACAUCUUCUUUAUCUCUUUCGACGGCAACCCCUUCGACAUUGCCUGGGCCGCUAUCCUGGCCGCCCUGCGCGACACAACGAUCCCCGUCGCACGAUGGGAUGCCGACCGCGAGAUGGUCAUCUGCUCCCGAGAGAGCCCCAAACCCCUGACGCUACACGGGUUCCCUAUCGCCUGCACAGCUGGCGUCUUCACAGGAAAAGAGACGACGGACCGCCCCACUGACGGCAAGUUCUGGACUCUGGUCGACCCGGACAGAUUGGAAGAGAGUUUGUGUGACGAAGAGGUGACGGCAGUGGUGGACCGAAGUAAUGGAGAGACUAAGGUUCUGGCGAUAUCGAAGCACGGAGGAACGGUGCUCCAACCGCAGCUCAUACGGGAGUUUGUGGGCGUUGCGGAGCAGAGAUGGGAGCAGUUUUAUAAGGCCAUGGCAUGA